GAACAAAAAAACGAUUUCAUUAAGAAAGUUAAGGAGAAAGUUGUAGAUGAUAAAACCUUAAAAGUGAAGUGUUUUAAGUGUCAAGGUUAUGGUCAUUACCAAUCUGCUUGUCCUACCAAAAGAGUCAUGACUAUAAGAGAUGUAGAGGAAAUAGAAGAGUUGGAAAAAGAAUCUCUUUUAGAGAUGGAACAUGAUAAAAGUGAAAGUGAGGAAGAGGACUUGUGUAAUCCAGAAAUGGAGGGUGAAACUUUGGUUCUUAGGAGAUCAUUAUACUCUAAUGUUGUGGCAGAAAAUGAGGAACAAAGAGAAACCAUUUUUCAUUCUAAAUGCUUGGUAAAUAAGAAGCUAUGCACGUUAAUCAUAGAUGGUGGUAGUUGUACUAAUGUAGCUUCAACUGAACUUGUAGAGAAGUUAGCAUUACCUACUACUAAACAUCCACAUCCUUAUAAACUGAAAUGGUUAGAUGAUGAUAGUGAAGUAAGGGUGAAAACUAGAGUUUUAAUCACUUUUUCAAUUGGAAACUAUGAAGAUGAAAUUCUAUGUGAUGUGAUUCCUAUGACUGCUUGUCACAUUCUACUUGGCAGACCUUGGCAGUUUGAUCGAAAAGUUAUUCAUGAUGGUUCUACUAAUGUAUAUAAGGUGAAUAAGAAUGGAAAAAUCAAAACCUUAUUACCAUUACCUCCUUCAAAAAUCCGAAACACAAAACCUAAACCAAAAGAAAACCUAGUGUGUGGGAGUGUAUUUUUGGGGAGAAAAAGAUUUGAGAGGGAGUUGGAGACCAACCAGAUUGUAUAUAUUUUGGUUGUUAAGGAGGUGAAAGAGGGAGUGGAGAUUAAAGAUCCCAAUUUGAGGGAGUUACUAGAGGAAUUUAGGGAUGUCUUUCCUAAUGACCUACCACCUGGCCUACCCCCUAAACGUGUUGAGCAUCAAAUUGAUCUCAUUCCCGGAGCACCAAUUCCAAAUAAGCCUUCCUAUAGAUGUAACCCAAAAGAAAGUGAGGAGUUACAAAGCCAAAUCAGUGAGUUAGUGAAGAAAGGCUGCGUGAGGGAGAGUAAAAGCCCUUGUGCUGUUCCGGCUUUACUUGUGCCAAAAAAAGAUGGAACAUGGAGGAUGUGUAUUGAUAGCCGUGCUGUGAAUAACAUAAAUAAAUACAGAUUUCCUAUCCCUAGAUUGGAUGACAUGUUAGAUGAGUUGAGUGGUUCCAAGGUAUUUUCGAAGGUUGAUUUGAGGAGUGGGUAUCACCAAAUAUGCAUGAGAGAGGGAGAUGAGUGGAAGACAGCUUUCAAAACGAAGUAUGGGUUGUAUGAGUGGCUGGUUAUGCCAUUUGGUCUCACAAAUGCUCCUAGCACGUUCAUGAGAUUGAUGAAUGAAGUGCUUAGGCCAUUUUUGGGAAAAUUCGUGGUUGUCUAUUUGGAUGAUAUUCUUGUUUACAGUUCUAACAAGGAUGAUCACUUAAAUCAUUUGCAACAACUGUUCGAAGUUUUAAGAGAGCAAAAACUCUAUGGCAAGCUUGAAAAGUGCACGUUCAUGCAAAUGGAGAUUGGCUUUCUUGGCUUCAUCAUUUCAGAUGAAGGUGUGAAGGUGGAUCCAUCCAAAGUGGAGGCGAUUUCCUCUUGGCCGGUUCCAAAAACUAUCACUGAGGUGAGAUCUUUUCAUGGUUUAGCUUCAUUUUAUAGGAGGUUUAUCAAUAAUUUCAGUACUUUAUUAGCUCCUAUAACUGAAUGCACUAAACAUGGAAAAUUUCAAUGGAAUGAAGCAGCUCAAAAGGCAUUUGAACUAGUAAAAGAAAAGAUGUGUAACACACCUAUUCUAGCUUUAGCUGAUUUUACUAAACCUUUUGAAGUGGAGUGUGAUGCUAGUAGAACAGGUAUUGGAGCUGUUUUAAUUCAAAGUGGCAAGCCUAUUGCUAAUUUUAGUGAGAAGCUUAACAACGCCAAAUUAAACUAUUCUACCUAUGAUAAAGAGUUUUAUGCUAUGGUUAGAGCUCUAAAUCAUUGGAGUCACUAUUUGAGGCCACAAGCUUUUGUUCUUCAUUCUGAUCAUGAAUCGUUAAAAUACAUUCAUGGGCAACACAAGCUUAGUGCUCGUCAUGCUAAAUGGGUAGAAUUCUUACAGUCUUUCAAUUUUGUUGCUAAAUACAAAGCUGGAAAGGCUAAUAUUGUAGCAGAUGCAUUAUCUCGGAGGCACUUAUUGCUUAAUAUGGUGGAUUCCAAGGUACUUGGGUUUGAAUUGAUCAAAGAGUUCUAUGCUCUUGAUGAGGAGAUGAGUGACCUGUUCGUGGCUACCAAAGAUGGUCCAAAAGACCAUUAUCAUCAAAUGGAGGGGUUCUUGUUCAAAGGGAACAAACUUUGUGUUCCUAAGUGUCCAGUUCGUGAUUUGCUGAUUAGAGAAGCUCAUGGAGGUGGUUUGGCUGGCCAUUUUGGUAUUAGCAAAACUAUGGUGCUAUUACAAGAGCACUUUUCAUGGCCUCACAUGAUCAAAGAAGUUCAUGCUGUUCUAGCUCGUUGUGGAGUUUGUCAAAGAGCCAAGAGCACGUUUCAUAAGGGGUUGUACACUCCUUUACCAGUUCCAGAGAGACCAUGGGAGGAUGUUAGCAUGGAUUUCAUUGUAGCACUUCCUAGAACACGAAGAGGGAAAGAUUCAAUCAUGGUGGUGGUGGACCGUUUCUCUAAAAUGGCACACUUUGUGCCUUGUCAUAAAACAGAAGAUGCUAUUAAUGUUUCUUGUUUAUAUUUCAGGGAAAUUGUUCGUUUACAUGGAGUACCAAGAACUUUUGUCUCGGAUAGAGAUAGUAAGUUUUUCAGCCACUUUUGGAGAUCCCUAUGGAGAAUGAUGGGUACCAAGUUGCUAUUUAGUACUUCACAUCACCCUCAAACAGAUGGUCAAACUGAAGUGAGAAAUCGAACUCUAGGCACCUUGCUAAGGGGCUUAGUGAGCAAAACAGGAAAAGAUUGGGAUGUCAAGCUAUGCCAUGCGGAGUUUGCAUACAAUAGAACUCUAACUUUUGCAACAAAAUAUUCACCAUUCGAAGUAGUAUAUGGGGUAAAUCCUUAUGUACCCAUUGGUCUUAUUUAUUUGCCUAAAUAUUCUUAUAUUCAUGGAGAUGCUAGGCAACAAGCUGAAGCUAUGGUGAAGGUACACAAAGAGAUACGCAGCAACAUAGAGAAGGCAAAUGAGAUGUAUAAGAAGAAAGCAAACAAUAACCGAAAACCAAGGGUGUUUUCUCCUGGAGAUUUGGUGUGGAUUCACUUAAGAAAGGAGAGAUUUCCAAGCAAAAGGAAGCACAAACUCAUGCCUAGAUCUGAAGGGCCUUUCAAAGUCCUUGAGAGGUAUGGAGAUAAUGCUUAUAAGAUAGAUCUUCCUGGAGAAUAUGGUGUGGCAGCAACAUUCAAUAUAGGUGACUUAUCCCCUUACUUAGAAGAUGAAGAUGUGCAAGAAUUGAGGACAAUUCCUUUUGAAGAAGGGGAGGAUGAUGUAAAAUCAGAUACCAAUCCACAAGUGUUGCUAAGUACUAAUCUUAAUCACAAUAAAGGAGAGAUCCAUGGCCUAAAGAUUAGUACUAGUGUGCUCGUAUUAAGCAAUGAAGGAAAUGAAGCUAAGUAGGUGAAGCAAGGAGCUCCUAAUGGGUGUUGGUAAGGUGUGUGAUUCAGGUGCUUAAUGAUAAUUAUUGUUAAUCAAGUCAUAAACAUGCUUCGCUUUGACUAAUUACGCUCAUUAAUUACUUAGCUCUUAAAUCAGUUUUUGUAAUUUACGAUUUCGUAAAACUGGUUGUAUUUAGCUUAGUACGGAAACAUUUUGGACGUGUAACGCAAGGUAUAAUAAGCUCACAACUUAUUCAUAAAGGUGCUUAAGCUAGUUGCAGAAUUUGGGCCAAUUCUAAGCUUUCCUUCCUAGCUAGGAAAGCUUCCCAUUUGCUUAACACAAAAGAAGCCUUCCUUUUAUUCUGAUUUGGGCAGGAGGCUUUUUGCAGCAAAUCAAUGAUUUCUUUUCUUGGUUGGAGAUGUCUUCAUGUAUAGGAAAGGUUCCUAUAGGUUCCCUACUUUACAAAUUCGUCCAAUGAAGAGAGGGAAGCAAGCAAGUGGAAGGUGGGCUGAUUUCAGUCAGUUUUAGGAGAUAUUUUGUAAUUUCUUUGCUUUAUUUAUUUCCUUAGUGUGUAAGGCUUAGUUUCUGAUGAAUUAAGUCUUUUAGCUCAUGUAAUAUAUAUAUGUAAGCUUGGGUAUCAAAGAAGGCGGAUUUUAAAGUUGAAGAACAUUGUUAUAAACCGUUGUGUU